CCAGCAUGUGUGUUCAGCAAACACAAGCUGUGAGGAGGAGUUAGUGUCACUUGCUCGGUGAGAGCAGGUCACAGGCAGGACAGAACACUGCCUCCAGUCCAGUAUCAGCCAUGGACAUGGAGAAGGUCAACUCCAUGGACUUCGGUGAAUUUGUGGAUGUGUUUGGGAACAUCGUUGAAAAAUGUCCUCUGAUUGCAGCUGCUGUCUGGUCCCAGCGUCCGUUCUCCGGCUUGGAGGACUUAGAAAAUCACUUUUUUGCCUUUAUUGAUGCUCUCCCGAGAUCAGGCCAGGAGGGCAUCCUGCGUUGUCACCCGGACCUAGCGGGCCGAGAUUUGCAGCAGGGCACGCUCACCGCUGAGUCACAGCGUGAGCAGAGCCAAGCGGGUCUCACUAGCCUAGACACCGACGACCGGCUGCGGCUGCAGCAACUCAACGCGCAUUACCGUGAGCGCUUCGGUUUCCCGUUCAUUCUGGCAGCGCGCCUGAGCGACCGUACCACCGUGCCCCGGGAGCUAGCCCGCAGGCUACACUGCCAGCCGGAAUCCGAGCUGCGCACCGCCCUGGGCGAAGUGAAGAAGAUCAGCCACCUGCGCCUGACAGAUUUGCUCGGUGCCCAUUCCGCCAGGGUGGAACUACCGUGAGGCUGGGGAUCGGAACGCCAGCAGGGUGCUUCAGCGAGGGGACACCCUGCACCCUGGGCUGGCUCGGGCCUGGAAAGACAAUCCAUACACCCACACAAAGGAAGUGGAGAAUUGAAGCAA